AUGAGUGCCGAGGAGUUCACCUGUGCUAUCUGCAUCUCAUCACCUUUGGUGGAUCCAGUGACCACUCCCUGUGGCCAUUCUUUUGACAAGGCUUGCUAUGAGUCCUAUCUGCACUCCUCGGCACUCCGGUCCGGACGACGAGAAUGUCCUCUUUGCAAGAAGCCUGUGUCUACCAAAUGUCCUGAGGUUUCCGUUCUCCUUCGAGAUGCAAUUGCCCGCCUUUUUCCGGAAGGGCGGCGCAGAUGUGAAGGUGAGAUGUUUGAGGAGCUCGAGGCCGGCGUGGUUCGACGCGAAACCUUCGAUUUCUUGUUGACACGGCUCAGAGCUGCCGGCCAAUGCGAAGACACAGGCUCGCUGUUGCAGCUCCUCUCGCUCUUUAUCACUGCCAUGACCCGGGAGCCGUCGGAGCCGAGAGGGGCGGUCACGGAAGUGAGCAUCCAGCAGGCCUUCCAGGAGCUGUCCAAGACACUGCUAGAACUCCUGUCCCAAGAGCCAGCCGACAACGCUGGUUAUGGCACCCUCCUUGAGGUGUUGCAACAGGCUGUAGAGACUCUUGCGCAGCAUUGGUCCGAUCAAAUCUCUUCCGUGUUCCCAACACGGGAGCAGUUUGCACAGCAAGUUGCCAGCCUCGCGUCGCAGGCCGCCGCCCUGCUCCCGCAGCGGCAGGAGGGCUCCCUGCUGCGCCUCACGGCUCUCGUGCUGGAAGCAGCUGUGAUGGGCUUGGCCGGCAUACGGUGGCAACUUGACAGGGAGCAGAGCUCGCAAAUUUCCAGGUGCUUGCUGGGUGUUUUGGUCAUCAAUGCGUCGGACGAGGCAGAGUACAGUGUCAAUAUCGUGUGCCUGAGGACUUUUGGCAGCCUAGCCACGAUUGUGCAGAGUUUAGAUGAGGCAGUGUGGUGUGAGGCCCGAGACAAGCUUCAAGACGCGUUAUGCCAGGAGGAGAAUAUUGAGCUUGCAGCCACCGUGGCACAGGCGUGUGGAGCGGUCCUGGAUACCAAACUCUGCCCUGCUCAAGACCUCACGCGAUGGUUGAAGAGCUUGAUGCUGGGAUCUCAGAGCUGGCUCUCCACUUCCAGCGCCAUCCAGAAUCCGCCUUGUGCGCGGCGGCUGCUGAGCCUCCUUGGAGACGUGCACCGCUUCGCCCUUUCUGUGGCCUCAGAGGACCUGAAGGAUCUGCUGGGUGAAGGCCGCUACGGUAUCACGUGUGGCCUGAUAAUUACAGCUGGGAGACACGCGAGCAGCGGCGAUCGGGACUUGAAGCUCGGAGUCAUGGAGGCUUGGGAAGGAGUUCUGGCUCUCGCCCAGGGCUUACCACAGGGUGAUGCGUCGGAUGCCUUCAGAAACCUCGUGCCGCAUGUCAUCUCCGUCAUCAUCAUGAACCUGAUGGCAGACGAGGAAGACUUUGUGUCCGCUGCACGGGCGCUGCUCGGUGAUCUGCUGCAACUGGCUCUUGGAGGUUGGUCACUGCGUGCCAUGAUCUGCGGCGCCUGGCAACAGGAGCCGGAUGCAAAGCGCGCGCUGCGCAAGGCAUGCGGCAUGGAGCUGCUCAUCAGGCAGGACUUCCACCACCGGAUCGAGCAUUUGGCAAGGCAGCUCACCCUCAGCUUGGAGCAAGAAACGUCGAAGACUGCCGCCGCGGCUAUGUUCGGGGGCAUGGCCCGGCCAGCGCCAAGCGUCAUGUACGUGUAUGAGAACACGGUGUAUCUAGAUGUCUUGAACCGGCUGCCGGCAGACACUGCAGCUGUUGCAGCAUUGCAAACAGAGAAUGCUUUUUACUAUUCGUAUUUCCAGGAACUUGUGGACACGGAGUCUUUUGCGGAUGGGUUAAGUCGAAUUGUCUGGGAUAGGCGGACGGAGUACCCAGACACUUUGAACGCGAUCCGCAGAUUCAAUAUCUACCAGGAGAUCCUACUAGCACUCGAGUUCCGCUUUGCGCGUAGCUUGGGGUUGGAGCUGCCUCAUCCCUUCCACUUCUUUCGGAUGCACAUCAUCCUGUUGAAUGGAGUGGGCCAGGCUACCCUAGGCCUGCUUGCCGCGGAAAUCUCUGGAAAUCCCUUAGCUUCAGUGGGCUGUUAUUUGGCCUCCUUCCUGAACCGAUUCCAAACUAGCCGCUUGGGUAACUACACCAGCUCAGAUUUGCGAGAGCUUUGGGGCAUUCCACUCCUCUGGGUGCAGUCGUACCUGGUCUGGCGCGCACUCUUGGCAUCCUACAGGGCGGCAAUGAGCCGACUGUUGCGCGUUGGCCUGGUGCUAACAACCUUUGCUUUCAUCAUCUCCUGGCAGUUUAGCCCGUUCCUCCUGCUCUUGCAGGCCACGGCCCUGUAUUUCGUCUGCAUUGUGCUUGGCUUUGAGAGCGUUCGGCCCACCCUGGUUGAGAUCCUCAACGUGUAUAGCUUGUCGUUGGCAUUGGCAGUGUGUGCACACUUUGGAAGCCCGUACUUGCUAACCUCUCCUUUCUUCUUCCAGCUCGUGGCCCUGAAAGCAUCUACCUCCAUCUGCUGUUGCCGCACCCGUGCCCAUCGCGGUUGGCUGUCGUGGAUAGCUCGACGCCUAGCGCACGUUGCAGAGGGCCUCAUCGCAGUCGUCGUGUUCGUGCUGGUGCGGAAGGCCCUAGCGCCCUUCGCAACCGCAGACACACAUGUCUACGAGAUUUUGUGCACGAAGGUGUCAACAAUCAAUGAUAUGCUGCCAAAGCGCUUGCAGCUCUCAGCUAGCCAACUGCCAGCUUGUGCUGAGCCAAGCUUCAAUGCAAACUUGUAUCUCAUCAUGGGCGUCUUCAAAAUCUUGGAGUGGUCGUCUGCCGAAGUCUACAUCAAAACCACAGCAGCACCAGCAGCUGCAGGGGCCAUGGUACUUAUCAUGAUUCGGUCUGCGUCCCACUGGCUGGGUAUGGCAGGUAAGGCCAAGAUUGAGGACACACCCGAGACGGCUCGGUUGAGUGAUACGCAGAAGGACGUUGCCGUCGGCACCAAGAAAAAGAAAGAGGAGCCCAAAACCGGGCGUGGUCGAGCUGGGUCAAAGUCUGAGAUGCCGCUCGAAUCGGCCUCUCCUGUACAAGUGGAGGCUGAAGAUGCCGCUUUGUUGUUCUUCGUGGUGCAGUUCCUACUAUUUAUGCUGCUUGGCAGUUUGGUGAACCGCCUGCGCGUAGCCUUUGGACCGCCUAUGAUGGUGCUGGCAGCCGCGGUCAUGGGGCCACGGCUGGUGCCUGUUUUUCUCCAAAACGCAUUCCCGAAAGGCUUGGCGACGCUUCUGUCACUGGCGUGGCUUGCACACAUGUGUUGGAUGGGAAGCAUGCUCCCUUGCAUCACGGCGGAGGAAGGCAUAUGUCAGCACAUGGCAGACAAGUUUUCCAAUGAUGGCGAUUUGGUAGACCUGUAUGACUGGAUCAACAACGUCGUUCCGGCGGGUACACCUGUGCUGGCCUCCAUGAACUUGGCAGGGAGCAUGAGGGCAUUCACGCAUGUACCCAUGAUUAUCCACCCACAGUUUGAGUCCGAGAAUCUCCGCAAACGUGUGCAGCGGGCGUACGAGCUGUACAACUGCGGCUCCGAGGAGUCCUUUGCGAAGACCAUGGAGCAGUUGAGCGCCAAGCUUGUUAUCUUCGAGUAUUCGCGUUGUUUCUUCACACCAUACAACUUAGAUGACAAGAGGAAGAACUGCAACUCGAAGAAGCACAAAACAGAAGACCUGAUGUGUAUGAAGCUGCAUGCACGAUCUAGGUUUUUCAAGCUGAUGUUCAUGAAUGGCAACUAUGCCGUUUUUCGACUGCGAAAGAACCCUCUGAGAACAAACCCUGCUCCUCGUGCUUCGGACGUGCAGAGCUGGCUGGAAGAAGCGGAGACUUGGAAGGACUAUGUGCAGACCUGUGAGAAGACUCAAGGCCAACAUUGUGGGCCUCGGCUGAUGGAAGCUGCUGCUCAUUUCCAUCACGGCAUGAAGAAGCCCAAGGUGGCGGCGGAGCUGCGAAAGUGGGCCCUCAAGACGUUCCCAGAAAAUGGCUAUGUGAACUUCUACCAGGCACGGUUUCUGGAUGUGGAUGCCAACAGGCCGCAAGAGGCCAAGUCGUUCUACGACAAAGCGCUCAGCCUACUGCCGAAUAAUGUGAAGGUGCUGACAGAAGUCAUUCUGUUUUACGACCUGGCGCUCCAGGAUUCCAAAUUCUCGGCGUCAUUCGUCGAGCGCAGGUCAAGACCAGGCAAAGCUGGUGAAGUACCGCUGCUGAAUCUGGCUGGCCCCGGGGCCGGUGUCUUGAUGUGUGAAGCUGCUGUUGCCGCCAAAAACGGUGGCCAUGCGACUCUGAGCAAGCAGCUUUGGAACCGAGCCAGAGAACUUUCACCUCUAAGCCAGUGUGUGAAGAACAAUUGGCCCAUUAUAUAUGGCGAGAAAAGCCAAGAAGACAACUCCCACAAGCUGGAGUACACCCCGUGGGCAAAAGUCAAGAUGGUGAUUGCUGGUGGUGUUGGCCUGGAAGUUGGCCCGCAUCACCAGACAAACGCACGCCGUGCCAGCCGCAAGGGCCGUGCGAAACCGAUGACGCCUACCUGGGACGGGUUUACGACGGCGUCUGAAUUGCCAGCUGCUCCAGCUGCCAGCAGCACGACCCGUCCUGUUCGGAUCUUUACAGACUUGCCACCGACUUUUCACACUGAUCCGAACGAGCCGCCUCCGAACUGGAAUUGCCCGGUCGAAAGACUAAAUAGAAGAAGGAGCAGGCCCAGUCACAGAGCACGGUGA